AUGGAAGCGCCUCCAGGAGGUUCCUCUAUGGAGGAGCACGUGAGGCAUUCACACAAGCCAAGAAAGUACAAGAACCCCGCCGACCCACCCCUCUCCCCCAGCGCCAUGCCUCCCCCCCGCAACACCAAACGCUCACGCGGUUCCCGCCGCAAGUCCCUGAAGCCCGCAGCCCCUGGGUCUUCGGACAACGUCUCCUCUGACGCCACGCACGAGUCUGUGUCCAGCUGGCGUCCGUCUUUGGGGACGCAGUCCUACAAAUGGGAGCAGCAGAAGGGGCGCGACACCAGCUUUGAGAGCAGCAGCCGGCAGGGGCGGGGCAGGGAGCGCGACUUGGAGAGGAGCCGCAGCGCCAGCAGGCGGGCGAGGAGUGCGGCAAAACUGAGCGCCAGCGCUGCGAGGCUGCGCCAGGGGUCGAGCGGCGCGGACAGCGACGACUCUGUCAAGUUUAUCCGGCAGCCAAACAACGGCGAAUUGCGCAGAGUGCUUUCCGUAAGGUCUCUGGGGGAGGAGCCGAGUUUUGAGCAGCCGCAUGAAGAAAGGGUCAGGGAGCGGGGCGGUUUGGAGAGGAGCAACACGGGGGAGAAGGGCGAGACGUCGUCUCAGCGAGCGCUCCGGACCGAGGGCGCGGUCGGCAGCGACACGUCUGUCGAGGCGCGGCCGCACCGGAGAUCGAAGAAGCGGGACCCCGCUUUCGCGAGCGACUCUUCGUUCUCCUUCAUGAAGGUGGACGAGACGAUUGAGGAGGUCUGUGAGGAGGUUUCCACCAUGCCAGUGAGCAGGCCCCGGAGUGAGCAGAUUGUCCUGGCGCGUCCAGUGGACAUCGCGCCACCAAACCUGAGGACAGGGCCUCUUGGCGACCGGCAGUUUGCGAAGCCAGGUAGAAAUAGAGGGAAUGUGCACGGAGAGGGGGAUGGGGACAGCGGGAUUGCGCAGCUGAAGGAGGGGAGCUUGAGCACAGAAAGCAACCCGCACCGACAGGCGAAGGGCAAGGUCCCGGCUAGCCCCGCGCGCCAAGGUGAUGUCACCAAGGCGGCAGUAUUUAGCCCCCCUGUCACGAAGUUGUCUGGGGCGUCCGAUGUCGGCAGUCCCGAUGAGGAACUGGUCGCAGGGGUCGUGGCCGGAAGGCGCCCUUUUCGGAGCGUUGAGUUCAACAGCGGGGGCGGUGUGCCUGCGUCCUGUGCUGGGGAGGUGGAGGAAGGUUCCCAAGAAGUUGCAGCUAACAAGCCAAAGGCGUCCAAGAAGGGUCACAGGGAGAGGAAAGCCCAUCGCAAGCAGAAGGAGAACGUUGACACUCGCGCCGAGACCAAUGUUGCUGCGGCGGCAGAGGAAAAGAAGGGUAGAGCUCGAUCUCCGUUCAAGAUGGCCAUCUUUGGCAGGGGGCGGGAAGCAGGCGGUCAUGACGGGGAAGGCGCGGAGGGGGUGGCAGCAGUCUCCAAGGAGCGCUCAAAGUCCCCAUUCCGAUUCCCUGGGUUUGGGCGGGCGUUCAAGGGAAGGGCACCUUCUGAGGAGGAGCACUUGGAGGGGAAGAUGGAGAAACGGGCGCGGUCCAAGUCGCCCCUGUUUGGCAGGAAGCCUCAAGAAAAAGGUGGAGAACAUGAGGAGCGGGCGCGCUCAAAGUCCCCUUUCAGGAUGCCCGGGUUUGGAAAGCGGGCUGCAGAGCAAGGCGGAGGGGACGGCGUCAACGAGCGGGAAAGAUCAAAGUCGCCGUUCAGUCGGCUGCGGUUUGGGGGCAAGAGCAAGGGCGGCUCUGACCCAACAGUCCCCGCCCCUAGUUCCGAAGCGGCUAACCUCCCAGAACCUGUGCAAAAGCCGAUGGAGACCUACGGGUUUGACAAGAAAGUCCGCUUGUUGGAGGGGGGCAACGAAGAAACGGCAGAGGGGACCAAGGGUCCAGCAGCCGAAGCAUCCAAGCGCGCCCGUUCAAAGUCGCCCUUCCGCAUGCCCCGCUUUGGGAAGAAGGGGCCGAAAGAAGAGCCCCCAAUGAUGAGGGACCAGAACCACGUGGCAGCCGUGCAGCUGCUGUUCGUCAAGGGCCACCUGCCUGGCGGGGACCUCGCGCUUCUGAACCCCGUCGUGAAAACACGUGGCAGGUCCAAGUCGCCCUUCCAGCGGCCUGAACCGGUCCCGAAAGCGGCCGACCAUGAAGCACCGGAGAUGGCGACCAAGAAGCACAAGGAGGGCAGGGCGAGGUCGCCCUUUGCCCGGAUGUUCUCGUCCAAGAAGGUGGGGCGAGGUUCGGACGCGGAGUACCGUCCAACAGCGGCGCCAUCCGCGUGGACGGAGGGCCUGGUGCAGCUGAGCGACGAGGAGCCGGACGUGACGUCAGCACCUGCUCGGGUUGACGUCAGCGAGGCAGCCAAGGACGAGCCGGUCCCCCAGGCGGAAGCGGACGGGUCGUCGGCGCCAGCUCUCGCGCCCCAGCCCAGUGCCGUCAGCGAAGCCCCCGAAAACGAGCCGGUUCUUGAAGCCCCUUCGGAUAUCCAACCGAUUAAAGCAGAGGAUUAUGCGGAAGAGGGGCCGGAAGAAGACUGGCGGCCGAAAGGGCUGCAAGCUUUUGGGGCUUUCGCUGCUGCGGAGGAGAGCGAAAACUUGCCAGAGGAGCCCGUUCCGGUUGUGGUCUCUAGGGUCUCGGCUGAGGAAGACGCAGCGAAGGCUCCCAAGAAGUCGCCGUUGAAGCGGCUUAAGUCGCGACAGCACAGAGUCACCACUCCUAUCCACGCCCCAGAUGACGACAUCCCGCCAGCCCCGUCAGCCACUCCCGCUGACAUCGCCGCUGACGCGAGCGCGCCGGUUCUACUGUCCCCAUCCGACCAGAAGGAGGUCGCGCGGCGCCUGGCGGCAGUCUCCGGCGGCAGCAAGGGUUUAGGGUUUUGGGAGUCCAAGGUCCGGGACUUCAACAAGCGGAAGGCCUCGCUCAAAACGCAACGGAGUCACAGCAUGGGGUCAGAGGUUGCGAGCUGCGCCGGUUUGGAGGCCCCGUUGGAGCAGGACAUGCCCGAUUUUGCCGAUGAGGACCCGCUGUCACCCGUGCCACAGGGCCCCACCAACUCCCCACCCAAAAAGCACCCGUCCCCCGAGCUUGCUGCCGUUAACAUGACGUCAGACGCGGUAGCCCACGUUGAGCCGGGACACGUGGCAGACCCUGGGGUGUCGACGGAGAGCUUAUUCACACUCGAGGUUGAUAACGAGGCGCUGAAGUCGGAGACAGGGCGAUCCGUUGUGACCACGAGUGUAAACACGCCCGGGUUCUCGGACCAAGGGGACGGCAGUGUGAAGUCGUCCCGUCCGGACGAACUAGAGGCGGGAGAGACGCGAGGUUCUUACGAGCCCCGUUUCCAGGAGGACGAACUAGAGGAGGGAGAAGAGGACCUGCUGGCCGCCAGCACCGACAGUGAGUGGGCGGCGAUCCGGGCGCUUAUGACGGAGGAGGAAGAGGCCCCGGAAGUGGAUUCGCCGCCCGUUUCAAAACCAAUUUCAGGCUCUCCUACCGACGUACAAGCCCCUCACAGGGCCUCGGAAGCCUUCGGGCUAACAGAAGGUGCCGCCGCUGUGACGUCAUGGGGUCCGGGCGGCUCCGACGGCGACGUGGAGGCGGAGGGAGGCGCGUACGGGUCGCCGGAGCGGACCUUCUCCGACGAGUACUUUGGCUCGCAGGAGAGCGCGGGCGAAGCUGAGGUCGCCUUUUACUCCGAAGAUUGGAAGGCUGUCGCCAGGGAGGAGAUGGCGACCAUGGAUGUGGUGGAGAAAGGGAGCAAGUCGCCGAGAAGGAAGGGCGUGCUCUCGGGAAUGAGCUCGUGGCUCAAGAGGAAGAGCCCCACCAAGGCCGCGGCUCCGGGUGGAUCCCGUUUCGCCGUGCGGGACAGCAAGGAGGGGCUGGCUUGGGACGGCGGACUGGACCAGUUCUUGGUCAAAAGAGAGGCGCUCCGUGCGCCGCCCGAGAUCCGACCUCGCGAGGUCGCUGGUCGCAUCUCCUAUUCGGACCUCGUCGGCAUCAGCAAAACCCCCGAAACCCUGCCGAAACCGGCGGCGCCCGCCGUAUCGCACCAGAACGACGCGACGCGGUCGAUCCAGGAGCUGGUCGCCGCGUUCUACAGCCUGGGCAGCUCGGUGGACCUCAAAGCAGGGGCGACCCCGCCCGCGAAAGAGUCCCCGGGCCCCGUAGUUGACGAGACCGGCGCUGAAAUGGCUGUGCUGGAGCGGCAUGGAGUGCAAGAACAGGGCCCCGAGGAGGGUCUGGCGAAGAUCGUCGAAGAGAGCGAAAGUGACGAGGAGGAGGACUGUAAAGACCUGGGGUCCUUAGGAGCUCCGGCGGAACUCCGAGGACCGGAAGCGGAGCCGGACAUUCCGCCGGAGUGUGCCGAUGAGUCGGACUCUGACGAGUGGGCAAGCGACGGGGACGAGCACGAUGAUCAAGAGACACGGGACGCUAUAGCCGGCGAUGAUACACAGGACGCACAAGGGGAGCGGUCGCCCACAAAGGAAGGGGCUCAGCCAAACUCCUCCGUGUUUAUCCCUGCGCCCAUUCACACCAUUCCCCGCAGAGAACCCGAAGCUUUUGCUGUCAAACGGCCCUGUCUGUACCUGGAUCCUCCACCCUCCCCGCACCUCCGCGCGCUCGAAGCCGCGCUCGCGCGCGCCCAAAGCCCCAAACCCUGCGGCCGCCCCACCGAGAUCCCCCGACGGCUGCGCUCCCCCGAGCCGCUGUCGUGCGAAGACGAUGACGAGGUGCUUUUGGGCGACGAGGAGGCCCUGUCAGGCGCGAGUCUGUCGCCGCAAACUGCUCAGAGCCCCGAGACGGGCGCGACGAGCCGCGCGACGCGGCCGCGCCUGAGCUGGAGCGCUACGUCGCCCGGGGAGAGCGCGGAGGACCCGCUGAAGCUGUGGCGCGCGAUGGCGUACCCGGACGGCCGCGCCAGCGUGAACCUGGAAGAGGCGCUCGAAAGCCGCCGCCACCUGGGGCUUGCCCCGGCCGACGUCGCGCUUCUCCGCAGCGCCGACCGAUCGACCAAAACCCUCGCGAAGGGUUUGGCGGGCCUGGAGCCGCUUCCGGAGGAGGGCGCGCCCGCGGCCGACCGCGCUGACGUCAUUCCAGACGGAGACGCAAGCUCGGAGGGGGAUGCUUGCGUCGGUGCGGACGAGGGCCCGGGUUCCGAGGGGCGUGCUGACGUCAAUCUUGACGAGGAGCUGGGCGUAGAGUGCCUUGCUGACGUCACGAUAGAAGAGGAGGACGGCCAAGAAGUGGGCGAUGGUAGCGCAUUUGAAUCGGAGACGGGCUCUGUCGUCACUCAUGACGACUAUGUGGGCGCUGACGGACGUGCUGACGUCACCAUCGACCAGGAGACGCACAAAGCGGAAGCGGAAGCAGACUUCAGCGCGUGCGCGCCCGUGGGCAGAGAAGCGGAAGAGGGACGACGUGCGCAUGAUGACGUCGGGCUGACGGCAGGGUUUGACGGGGCACGCUCGGAGAUUGCGGCCGCCGUGGACCGGUGGGGCCCCACGCCUGUGGUGAAGGAACAGGUCCAACUGAUCCUCGCGCAAAAGUGGGACGAGUUCAUCCGCGACUUCGACGCGCCAUCUGAGGCCCCGUCGCCACGCUCGUCUCCCGGGAGACCUCCCCUUUCGCCCGAGGAAGCGAAUUCGCCCGCCAAAACGGGGCCUGUAGCCGAGUUACCGGUCGCCGUCGAACUUAAUGAAGAAAGUUCAACCCCCGAGCGUCACUGCCCCGAGUCGGAGCUUCUUAAGACGGAGACCGGCCAGGAAGAAGAGGAUCUUCUCGGUGUAGGGGGGCCGGAGAAGCAGGAAAUGGAGCCCCUCGGGACGGAUGUGGGCGACGAGAAAGCCGGUCCUGAAGGUGGGCUCCCUUUGGCGGCUGCCGAAACUGCAUUGGAUCCUGUCGAGCCUGGGUCGCCCGGGGGGGUGACGCAACCGAACGCCGGCACAGACGGUUCCGCUUCCGGACAGCCUUCCGCAGAUUCCGGCGGAACAUCUGGCAGCGAUGCUCCGGCAGCAGUCGCGGUUGCUGCGGAGGUCAGAACCACCCGGAGCAACAAGGGGGGCUUCUUCAGCACGGCACGUGCCUGGCUAAAGGGGUCCAAGUCUCAAAAAGUCGAGGCAGUGGGGGAUGACGUCAGCGGAGGGUUCAGCGCAAACCCCGGCUUUGACCAAAGGGUUAGCGACGAGGCUAUGGAGGAGCAGAUGCAGGCGGUGAUCGCGGAAGUGAAGACGGUCCUCGGGUCGCCGGGAAGGGCUGACGUGGGCAGCGAAGAAGAUGCGCCCGAGGCGGAUUUGAUCGGUGUCGCACUUUCUGCUGACGUCACUGCUUCGGACGCGCCCACGGGAGUGUCGGCCAAUGCCGUCGUAAACCCCCAAAUUCUGGUGGCGGCCACUGUGCCGGCCGCGGCCGAGCGCGGCACGCUGACUGGAGAGCCAACCGUGGCAGAAGCUGCUGACGUCAGCCCGGUGGAGGUCUGCGGGGAUGUAGGCGCACGUGACAUGAUGCCAGCUAAGGGUGACGGAGAAAAGGCACGGGGCGAGGCGGCUGAGCUUGUCGUGGCAACGGAGACGGGUCCGCACGUUGGGCCGGCAGGCGAGACGAGCAUAGAGGAAACGUCUGAUGGUUUAAUGGGCAUCGGAGAGGAAAUCGGCGCUAAGUCUGGCAGGCAUGGGUGUGAACUGGCUCCGCCACAAGAAGAGCGGAACGUUCCUUCGGAAGAGCUUGCAGUGGAGAGGGUACAACCUCUGGCAAAGUCGGACGGACUCACGGCUCCGGAAAACCUACUCGGAGGGGUAAAGCAGGUGGAAGGAGAAGCCUUGCUCGAUACAGAGGGAGAAGGGAGCGUGCCAAAAGAAGAGGCCGGAGACGAAGUCCAGGCCAUGGAGAGUCCGGGAAAAGCGGAAGGGGUCGCGGAUAGCCUUGAACUGAAGGACACGGUGGCAAGAGAUCCAGCGCUUGUACUGGGGAUCGCACUGCCUAAAAAUUCCCAGGAGGUCGCGCUCGAGGAGCCCCUGCCGGAAAACCCGGUAGACGUGUCCGAGGCCCAGGAAGUGCAAGCCAACCUAAGUUCGAACCUGUCUGGCGCCUCAAGUCUGGACAGUUUGGAGUCCGGAACGAGCUUGGAGGCCAGUAACCCGGAAAUUGAGGACGAGUUGCCCUUGACCCAAAUGUUAACCCACGGUUCCAAGGCGCGGGGAAGCAGAGACUUUGAAGCCGUGUCAGCGGUGACCGAGACCCUAACCCUGAGCUCAAACCCCAUUUUCGACAGCGAGGAAGAGUGGGGCACGGUGAUUCCGGACGUCCGGACCAGUGACGAUAACCAAAUCGGCCGGCGGCCCUCCCUUGAGCCAUUGGACGCCAACCGGGCCCCUUUUACGGCGACCGAACGGGCCUCCCCGCCCGUCGAGGGUCGCCGUGUCCGGCUGGAGGAGGGCUUCCAAGACGAAAAUGGCGCGGCCUGGCACCAGAAAGAGGCGGGAGGACUUUCACCGGAUCGCACACGCUCCGACGCGCAGAAACUAGGGGCGAGGGCAAAUCUCGACAGGGAAUGCCAGCUCAGGUUUGGCAGCCAAAGCGCGCCGACUCUGACGGCUCUCCUCCCGACCACCCUAGCUGCACGGCCCCCCAUUCGCCGCGGCUCGAAACUGAGCAAUGACGCCGUCCAAGCGGCGAGAGAAGGCGCCGACGCGGCCGCGGCCGCAUUCCCGAGGUCUGGGGGUUUGGGCGAUCUGCCGGCCGCGCUCCAGGAGGAGCUCGCGGACUUGCGCGCGCACAAGGAGCGCCUGGAGGCGGAGAAGGGCGCGAUCGAGCGGCGGUGGAAGGCCAGCCGCAAGGAGCUAAAGGACGUCCAAACCUACUCGGACGGGCUGGAACGGGACAUGGACACGAUGGCUGCGCUGCUCAAGGCCGCGGAAGAAAACGUAGGUCAAAAGGCCGUUACGCAAGACGCCGCCGUCGCGACCGAGCCGCCGCGCCUCACGGACACAGCCUCCGACCCUCUCCCCAUCCCUAGUUCCGACAAGUCCGUUGCCACCGACGCCGUAUCCUUCCUUGAGAAAGGCGUCUCCACCGAGCCAGGCCCCGUCCUUCGCCACGUGGCAAUUGCCACGGAGGCAGUCUCCCUGUCAGAAAAGGCGACCUACACCGAACAAGGCCUCGGUGUGCACGACGUUUCCGUUGGCACGGACAGAGUUCCGCUGCAGGAGAGAGGAGUCUGCACGGAACCGGGCCCCGUUUUGGCGGACGUCGCAGCGGGGCCGGACUCCGUUCUCGGGACGGCGGAGAAGUCGACCGGAACGGAAGCGGGCCCUGUUCUGGUGCACGUCGCAGCCGGGCCACAUAACGCACUAAGCACUAAGGAUGAGUCAACGGCGACUCAACAAGGCCCAACAAGUUUUGAAAGAGCGGCGGGACCGGAUGAAAUGGUCGUCCUUGUUGAGAAAUCGGUCGGCAGAGAAGCGGUUGAGACGCGGAAAGACGUCGAGACAAUGGCGGGACCGGGGCUUGACACCAAGAGGGGUUUGGCUGCGGCAGGAAAGGAGAGUGUCAAGUCCGUCGUUAGGAAGGAAGAGAAGGGGACGGGCACGGAAGGCCUCUCCGAGACGGCCAUCCUGGAGCACAAGGUGCACUUGCUGCGGAGCCAGAUCAAGGAGGCGCGCCUCCAGCGGGACUCCCUGCAGAAGGAACUAGAGCGGGCGGCCGAGGAGAAGGCCACGCUCGCGAGCGCGCUCGCGGAGAACGAGAAGCCCAAGGCCCCUCGCGAUGCCCCCCAAGAGAUGCACGAGCUCCACCGCAGCCUGGCCAAGUGGCAGGCACGUGCCCAGAGGGCGGAGCAGGAGCUGACACGUGUCGCCAAGGUAGAGAACGAACAAACGCCUGCCGCGGUCAAGGACCACGCGUCGCCCCUGAAACAAAAGUCGCCGGUCGCGCGCGCGCUUUUCCCGUCCGGUUCACCAGGGAAGAAAGGCUCGGCGACCAAGUCGGGGGAUUCCCCCGGGGUCAAGCUGAACGGGAUCCCGGAGGAGACGCUGGCCGGCGAACUGGACGGCUGGAAAGAGCGGGCGCUGGUCGCCGAAAAGGAGACUGAAAAGGCGCAAAAAGUGCGCGGUGAAUCUGAGGCGGAGGCCGCGGAACUGCGCGGGAGAGUGCGCAGAAUGGGCGACGACGCCGCGCAGAUGCGCGAGGAGAUUGCGAUCCUGCGCAGCACGCUGGAGAUGCAGACGCUGCACGGAGGGGCGAAGGGUUUGGAGGCGGAGGCGGCCGCGCUGAAGGACGCGCUCGCGCGCGAGCGCGAGCAGCACCGGCUGGAGAAACUAGAGUGGCGGGAGACGAGCGCGCGGCUGAAGACGCUGCUCGCGUUUUGGCCGGAGGAGGUGUCGGACGGCGUCGCGUCCGGGCAGCGGAAUCCGGCGUCCCGGCAGCGGAACUCGGCGUCCGGCGAGCGGAGCGCGCAGGGGAGCAACGGCGGAAUGGCGAACGACGAUCUGGCGGACGGCGCGGCGAGCCCGAUCCACGUGGCCGCCGCCCUCGCUGCCACGUCGGCGGCUGACGUCAGGGACAGCAGCGAGAGCUCCAACCGCGAGUUCGGGGGGUUCUCCGCCGGUCCGACGGAGUCCCCCGAGCUGUUUGAGAUUGAUUCCCGGUCUGUUCACCCGCUGUCCCCGAAGGAGAAAAGCGUCCGGGAAAAUGGUACCGAGUCGGACAAAAGUGAGGAGGUGCAAAGCGGCGCACAAGACGCGAAGUGGUACGCGAAGGGUUUGGCGGUGUCGGAGGCGGCCGCGGCGGCGCGGUCGACGGCGGUGACUAGCAACGGGACGCUGUUCGCGCGCAGGACCGGCAGUCCGAACAAAGCCCUGUCGGUGGUCGUUGCCGGGAAUGAAGUGCUAGCGGAAAAGCGUUCCGGUUCCGGCGUUCCGGCUGACGUCUUUUCGAGCAGGAGCGUCUCGCCUGUGCUCCGGUCGGUGAGCCCGGCCAGCGCGAGACGGGGGGUCGGUUCGCCGGUCGGAGGGGCCAUCCUGGGGAGAAGCGCGUCGAGGAGGGCGGCGGUGUCGUCUGCCGACAGUAUGGGGAACAGGUACGGUAGUCCCCUCAGCCCCGCCAGCACCAAUUACGGCAGCCCGGGGAGUAGUCCUGGGUCCGACUGGGCCAGCGGCCGCGACUCCAUGGACACGUGGCGCGUGAAGAGUGGCCCGCUGACCAAGACCAUGGAGUGCGCGUCUCCGGUCCGGCCGCGGCCGGGCCACGUGGCAGAAGCGACUUCAUUUGGCGUGAAAGUGACGUCCCCGGGCGGUUAUGCAAGGACGGUGGAGGAGUUGACGUCGCCCGGGAAGGGAUCCCCCGGCAAAGGGUUCCGGGACCUGCCGAGAUGGGGGUCGAGGGACUCCGCUGAAUGGGCCAAGGCUGUAGAAAGGCGCGACAUGAUGGUGGCAAUGGACGUAGAAAAGGAGGCGCCCAUUGUCAGCGAGAAGAAGUCGUCUAAGCGCCGGAGCUCAAGGAAGAAAACGCACACAGCUUUUAGUACCAAAGGCUAAAUCUUUUGGCCAGAGCUCUAGGCACGGCAAACAGGACGCUAUUUCGUUUUGCAUCACCCGCAUCCGUUACAGGUGCCAGUGUUAGUGUUAGUGUUAGUAUUAGUGUUCGGGUUUUCUAUUGUAGGACUGCUUUUAAUGAACCACUGGAGAGAGGCUUGCGAAGGCCCUGGGUGGCAAGGUACUCAGAAUAACUGAAUAGGAACCCGUGAUACCGUUUUGAGGUUGAGGCGACUUGCAAGUCGGAAGUCGGAGCUAGUAGGGACGCAAACUAUCUGCAUACCCCGUCAUGAGUGCUCAGCUCACUUGGUUGAGGACUGUAGCAAUCGGAG